ACAAAAAAGUAAGCUUUAACUAAGAAAUCAGUUCAUUUUUAUAUAAAUUCUUAGAGAACACAAAGUAGAGAGAGACUUAGCUAAGCUACUGUGAUCAAUGAUCAAUGGAAGGUAAUGGGAAUGGGAAUGAAUAUCAGAAAACUAUUUUCUGUUCAUGUCUUUGGGUGCUACUGCAGAAUCCCUCCGGCCUCAACCUUCUCUCUUUUUCACGUUUUCCGUUGCCGGAGCCACUCACAAGCUCAAGCUAUCUCAUUUCCAUUCAUAGAAGAGGUCCCGGAAUAUGGUGUCAAAUGGCUCUCUUGCCAUCCAAAUCACGAAAUUUCGAGCUUUACUCAAAAGGGGUUUUCAGAAAUAACCAAAGAGAUCACUGGAAGAGCCUUACAUGGGCUGUGCUUGAAGGGUUUUGUGCCAUUUGGUGUAUUUUAUGGGAAUACAUUGGUGAAUAUGUACUCUAAGUUUGGUCACAUAACAUAUGCCCGAUAUGUGUUUGAUGAUAUGUUUGAGAGAAAUGAAGCUUCUUGGAAUACAAUGAUGUCGGGUUAUGUUCGAGUCCGUGCUUACUCGAAAGCCAUUGAAUUCUUUAGAGAGAUGCUUGAAGGUGGUGUAAAGUCAAGUGGGUUUUUGGUUGCUAGUUUGGUAACGGCAUGUGAUAAAUCGGUUUCCAUGUUUGAUGAAGGAUUGCAAGUCCAUGGAUUUAUUGUUAAAGUUGGUUUAUUAAGUGAUGUUUUUGUGGGAACUUGUUUGUUACAUUUUUAUGGAACUUAUGGAUUGGUUUUUGAUGCCCAUAAGAUCUUUGAGGAUAUGCCUGAAAGAAAUGUUGUUACUUGGACUUCAUUGAUGGUUGGGUAUUUAGAUAAAGGAGAGUUAGAUAAAGUUAUUGACUUGUAUAGAAGUUUGGGGUAUGAAGAGUCAUGUUGCAAUGAGAACACAAUUGCUGUUGUCCUGAAAACUUGUGGGCUUUUAGGGGAUGAGUUCUUAGGUCUUCAAGUUCUUGGGCAUGUAAUGAAGAUUGGGCUAGAGACUAAUGUUUCUGUGGGGAAUUCCCUUAUAGCUAUGUUUGGUAGCUGCAAUAAUGUGCAUGAGGCCAAUCAUGUAUUUGAUCAAAUGGAUGAGCUUGACACAAUAUCAUGGAAUUCGAUUAUUUCAGCCAAUGCAAAUAAUGGGCUUUGUGAAGAAUCGUUAAGGUGUUUCUAUUGGAUGAGACAUGCUCAUAAAGAGGUAAAUUCUACUACACUUUCGAUCUUGUUAGCGGUAUGUAGUUUGGUAGAUAACUUAAAGUGGGGUAGGGGAAUUCAUGGACUAGUUAUGAAAAUGGGAUUAGAGUCAAAUGUUUGUGUUGGAAAUACUCUUAUAGGUAUGUAUUCUGAGGCUGGGAGAUCUGAAGAUGCAAAGUCAGUUUUCCAAAGGAUGCCCGAGAAGGAUUUAAUCUCGUGGAACUCCAUGGUAGCAUGCCAUGUUCAGAAUGAGGAAAGCCAAAUAGCAUUGGAGCUUUUUGCCAAAAUGCUGCAGAUGAGAAAAACAAUGAACUAUGUGACUUUAACCAGUGCAUUGGCUGCCUGUUCGAAUCCAGAAUUCAUUGUCGAGGGAAAGAUAAUUCAUGCUCUUUCAAUCCUUGCAGGCUUACAAAUAAAUUUAGUCACAGGCAAUGCAUUAGUUACCAUGUAUGGAAAAUCUGGUUUUACAGCUGAAGCUAGAAAAGUAUUGCAACUAAUGCCUAAGCGAGACGAAGUAACUUGGAAUGCCCUCAUUGGUUGCCAUGCUGAGAAGAGAGAAGCAAAUGAGGCACUAAUGGCUUUCAAGAUGAUGAAAGGAGAAGAUAUACCAGCAAAUUACAUAACAAUUGUCAAUCUUCUCGGUUCUUUAUCUAGUCCUGAUACUUUGCGAAAACAGGGGACUCCAAUUCAUUCACAAAUUCUUCAGACAGGAUUUGAUUCAGAUAUUUAUGUACAAAAUUCACUUAUAACAAUGUAUGCCAAGUGUGGCGAUUUAAACUCAAGUAACUUCAUGUUUAAUAGAUUAUCUACUAAGCACUCCAUUUCUUGGAAUGCCAUCAUUGCUGCUAAUGCUCAUCAUGGUUAUGGGGAGGAAGCUUUGAAACUUAUAUUGAAGAUGAGAAACAAUGACUUGUGUUUAGAUCAAUUCAGUCUAUCCGUGGGACUUUCUGUUACUGCUGACUUGGCUAUUUUGGAGGAAGGACAGCAGCUUCAUGGAUUAGUAGUGAAACUUGGUUUUCAAUCAGAUCAUUAUGUUACAAAUGCAACUAUGGAUAUGUAUGGAAAAUGUGGUGAAUUAGAUGAUGUCUUAAGUGUACUUCCCUUACCGAUAAACAGAUGGCGAUUAUCAUGGAACAUUUUGAUAUCAUCGUUUGCAAGACACGGGCAUUUUCAGAAGGCUAAGGAGACUUUCCAUGAAAUGUUGAAAUGGGGAGAAAAACCCGAUCAUGUCACAUUUGUCUCACUUUUAUCUGCGUGCAGUCACGGGGGUCUUGUGGACGAUGGUCUUCAAUACUAUGCUUCGAUGACAACCAAGUUUAGUGUCCCACCAGCUAUAGAGCAUUGUGUCUGCAUCAUUGAUCUUCUUGGACGAUCAGGACGGCUUACUGAGGCUGAAGAUUUCAUUCAACGAAUGCCAGUACCACCAAAUGACCUUGUUUGGCGAAGCUUGUUAGCGUCCUGUAAGAUUCAUCGCAACUUGGAGCUAGGGAGGAAAGCAGCAGAACAUCUAUUGAAGUUAGAUCCAUCAGAUGAUUCAGCUUAUGUUCUUUAUUCGAAUAUCUGUGCAGCAACCGGAAGAUGGGAGGAUGUAGAGAGUGUAAGGACACUUAUGGGAUCACACAAUAUUAAGAAGCAACCUGCUUGUAGCUGGGUUAAGCUGAAAAAUCAGGUAAGUAAAUUCGGUAUGGGAGAGAAGUCUCAUCCUCAGAUUGGACAGAUUUAUAACAAGUUGAGAGAGCUCAUGAAAAUGAUUAGAGAAGCUGGCUAUGUUGCUGAUACAAGCUAUGCACUACAUGACACUGAUGAAGAGCAAAAGGAGCAAAAUCUUUGGAACCACAGUGAAAGAAUUGCUCUUGCAUUUGCAUUGAUUAGUACACCAGAAGGUUCAACCAUUAAAGUUUUCAAAAAUCUUCGAGUUUGUGGCGAUUGCCAUUCAGUUUACAAGUUUGUGAGCGAAAUAGUUGGCCGGAAAAUAGUGUUGAGAGAUCCUUUUCGGUUUCAUCAGUUUAGUGAUGGCAAGUGUUCUUGUUCUGAUUAUUGGUAAUCAAGCUACUAAAAGCUUUAGCUAACUACCCAUGUAUCUAGAAAUGAUUCUUAUGCCUUAUAUUCUUUCCAAAUUUUGAAUUUGUGUCAUUAGAAUUAAACCAACCUUGAUAUAGAAUAAGUAUAUAUGAUGUUGAAUCCUUUGCAUGAGGAGACAUGUUAUUUUGAAGGCUAGUUCAUGUAUUGCAAAAAAUAGACAACAACAUAAUAUGUACUUUAUAAGUUAGGUUAUUGUUGCUUUGAUAUGAUAUGCAUUUUUAGAUUUUGCA